AUGUUUCAAGUUUUGCAUCAUACGAGCAAAUUAUCUCGUGCUGCAAUAUCGAGAUCAGUUCCAUCACUUUCAACCUGCAAUGCACGAUUUGCAUCGACCAAUGAUCCAACAAGCCGUAAAGAGGCACCGAAAAUUGAUAACGAAGCAAUUUUGGCUUUGCCUGAGGAAGCCCGUGAGAAAAGCGCACUUGAGUCAACGAUAACAGUUCCGAAGAAGGUUGACAUAACACCAAUAUCUGGUGUGCCAGAAGAGCACAUCAGAACCCGUCGUGUUCGCAUUUAUCAACCAUCAAAGAAUGCCAUGCAAAGUGGCACCAACAAUAUUCACCACUGGGAAAUGGAGUUUGAUACUCGCCAACGCUGGGAAAAUCCCCUUAUGGGCUGGACAUCUACUGGUGAUCCAUUAUCAAAUAUGAAAAUUCAAUUUUCAUCCCCAGAUGAAGCCAUAGAACACUGUGAAAAGAAUGGCUGGAUCUGGUAUUUGGAUUGUCCAAAAACUGAUAAGGAAUUCAAACCAAAGAGCUAUGGCAUUAAUUUCUCAUGGAACCGUCGCACCAGGGUAUCUACCAAG